CUCUCGGAAUGAAAUUAUAUGAGAGAGAGAGAGAAAAGAAGAACAUAGAGAGUGUUAGACAUAGACAUGGGACCAUCGUCCUGACUCCACUGCGUAAAUUCUAGCUUUUUCGUGGACGACAAGAUCCGAGCCUGCCGCUACCCUUUCAUUUCUUCUCUUCCCUUUUUUAAUUUUCCAUUUUUUUUAAUUUUUUUUCUUCACCUCUUCUUUUUAUCUCACACUCUCAAGCUUCCCAUGGAAAUGGAUGAUCAAUAUGCCCUCUCCGAUCUCCGCCACCUCAUGACUACACCUCCAUCUCGCUCCCAUUUCCCCUCUUCUUCCUCAAUUCCCCACCAUGAUCUCUUCUCCUCUUCCUCCACUUCCUCCUCCGCCGCCGCCUUCCGCCACCACCUCCACCACCACCAUCAUACCCCUUACGACCUCAUCAUGAUGAUGCCACGGGAUCCUCUCCCUGACUUCCGCUCCGAUUCCGCUGCCACGCCCCCUGCCGUUGUCUCCGCUCCAACAGCUCCCACCGCCUUUGAACUCGAAACAGCCUCACUCGCUGCCGACUGCGCCACGCCCCGAUGGCCUCGCCAAGAAACUCUCACUCUCUUGGAUAUCAGAUCUCGACUUGAUUCUAAGUUCAAAGAAGCCAACCAAAAAGGACCCCUUUGGGAUGAAGUUUCAAGAAUCAUGGCUGAGGAACACAAUUAUCAAAGAAGUGGGAAAAAAUGCAGAGAAAAGUUUGAGAAUUUGUAUAAAUAUUACAAAAAGACAAAGGAAGGCAAAGCUGGAAGACAAGAUGGUAAGAACUACAGAUUCUUCAGGCAGUUGGAAGCUCUCUAUGGUGAAACAACCAAUUCAGCUCAACUUCCAGAUUCCCAUUUUGUUGGAGACAGCAACCUCAGCUUCCAACAAAAUGGGACUAACAAUCCGACCACCGCUCUACCAAUGAGCUACGAAACUCAACAGAAGCAUUACUGCGACAGCCUCAGUCUCUCUAACACGUCCGAGUUUGAAACCUCAGCCUCGUCUGAUGACAACGAUGACCUCGGCUCGGUUGGCAUUAUGGACAACGAUUCGGUCGAGAAGAGACGGAAACGACGAGGUGGGAAAUGCUGGAAGGCAAAGAUCAAACAGUUUAUCGACUCGCAAAUGAGGAAGCUCAUUGAUAAACAAGAGGCUUGGUUGGAGAAGCUCAUGAAAACUCUUGAACAAAAGGAAAAGGAUAGAAUGAUUCGUGAGGAGGAAUGGAGGAGACAAGAAGUGUCAAGAAUGGACCGAGAGAGGAGCUUUUGGGCAAAGGAGAGAGCAUGGAUAGAGGCUAGAGAUGCAGCAUUAAUGGAGGCAUUGCAAAGGCUAACGGGACGAGAAUUGAGAGACUACAACUCCUCGCCCGACCACGGAUUAAUCGCACCGGAGCGUCAUCGGAAUAACAGCGAUAACCAAAACGAAGACGGGAGCGAAAUACUAAACAACAACACCGGUAGAGAACUAGUAGACAACAAUAAUUACCAAAGGAAAACAAUAGAUGAAGGCAACAAGAAACGCAAGGAGAAUUCAAGAUCAGCCACCACCUACAAUCUUUACUUCCAAACAGAUUCCUCCCUCUACAGCGGCGGAGGACCCUGCGGCGGCGGUGCCGAGAUCAAAGAACAAAGUCCAAACAGCUCGAAUGCUGGCGGUGGGGGCGGGGGCGGUGGCAGCCAUGUGGUGCAAGAUAGUUGCUUUCGGUUCUUGAUGGGUGAAGGAGAUCAGUCUCAAUCUGGUUUGUGGGAAAAUUUUGGUCUGAAACUCAACAAUGGAAGUGACCAAAGUUGAGCUAAUGAUGAAGUCAUUAUGCAAAACUUGAAAGACUUUGACAAUGGAAUCCAUUACAGCUACAUGGUCAGAGACAGAGAGAGAGAGAUUCACUGUCUGGUCUAGGGUUUAGCUGGUUGGGAUUUGAUAAUUAUUGAAUAUAUUAUAUUAAGUUCAUCAGAUUUCUUCAUCCAACAGUUAUUAUUGCAAAUUAAAUCAAAUAAUGUUUUUCUUUUUC